AUGAAACUAUUAAAAUUAAAACUUUGUUAUAGUCCAGACAUGAACACAUCAUACAGCAUCAAUUUAGGAUCUAUGGCUGAAAUGGUUCAUUUUCCAAAUUUUAAUAAAUCAAUUCCUACAAUCAUUUAUAUUCGUGGAUUUCUCGGGAGUGGUGAGUUUGAUAAUAGCGUGGAAGAAUUAAGAUCUGCGUACCUGCUGACCAAAAAGGAAAAUUUUGUUGCUGUUGACUGGAGUGCUUAUUCGAAAAUUAAAAUUGGCAUUCCUUAUUUUGAUAAUAUUGCAGACCUCAAAACAAUUUGUGAAAAAACAGCAGAACAGCUUAAAAAGAUCCAGUCCUAUAGAAACUUCUAUCUCAUCGGCCAUUCACUUGGUGCACAGUGUGCAGGCUUAGUUGGACGACAUUUGAAAAAAAUCUCAAACAACGAAUUUAUUAUUCCAAGAAUUUAUGCUUUAGAUCCAGCGGGUCCACAUUUUCGAAGAGAUAAUGGCUAUUUUGAGAGUGUCACAAAAUCAGACGCAGCAUAUGUUCAGGUUAUUCAUACAAAUUAUGGACUUUAUGGAUUAGAUAGGUCUACUGGACAUAGUGACUUUUAUCCAAAUAAUGGAAUGAAGCAACCAGAAUGUCUGACUAAUAUGUGCAGUCAUAGAUUCGCUUGGGUUGUUUUCCAAAAAACUGUCAUCCAGGAAGGAUUAUUUACAGCACAAAAAUGUGACUCAUUUAAUAAGUUUAUUGGAGGAGAUUAACUUCCGAUUACAUUCAUAAGUCCAACACAUUCAAAUUCAAAUAAGACUCCAAUAUCCCAAAACAGAUCAAUUGAACUCAAUCCAAAUCAAAUUAUCUAA